AUGUCAUCUAGAGAUCGGGAUAAGUUUAGAAGUUAUCCGUCAGGAAGUUCAAAAAGGCAGAAAAAAAACAUAAGGGAAAAAAGUUUAAAUAAACUUCGUGGGUCUUUCAACAAAUUUGUUACAUUAUCUUUAGAGUCUACCCAAUCGUUUCAAAAUUCUUCGACAAACAAUAGUCAAAAUAGUAUUAAUGAUAACCCUCCAGAUUUUGAACUAGAUAUUUCUGAACAAAUAAAUGAGAAUUAUAAAUUUGAUACUCCUUUUUCAAGUAUAGAAAUAGAUAACGAAGUUGAAAUUAAUAAAUUACAAACCGAAAGUAAAAGUAUUAGUAAUUACUAUAUUAUAAACAGAGUAAAUGACUACGAUAUGACAAAAUAUAUUGGUUGUUGGCCUGAAAUAAUAAAUAAUGAUUUCAGAAAAGAACUUGUAAAACAGGGACCAGUACAAGUUAAAAGCUACAAUUAUUUAUUUAUGAAAUGUAUUGUUAGCUUGACUAUACAUUUAAUAUACUAA